CAACAAUCUCAUAAUUACUGCCAGUCAGUGUAAUACAAUUCCUCUUUCUAUCUCUACAUAUCUUCUUUUUCUGGUUCUCAGUAAAAUAUUGUUAAAUAAAGAGAAAAGUUCUGCUCUGUUUUUGCCUCCCGCACCCUUUUCUUGAUUUUCUCAGCUCGCGAUCCUUUAAUGGACACUGCUUAGAGUUUAGACUCAUUCAUCAGUGACCCAAAUAGAAGUAAAAGAAGAAGGAUUUUUUCCCCUGGGGAGUUUGAUUUCGACUUGCGACAGCAUUUGAUCAUGGCUGUUAUGGAAAAUGCCGGCGCUAACGUGGCGAAUCGGGCCGACCCGGAUGCCCACCAAGAAGACGCCGCUGUGGAUCAUCAACAACAGCAGUCAACAAAGGCUUCCGUUAAUCAGAAGUCAAAGAAACCGGUCGACCAAAAUCUCCAUCUGAUGGUUCAGAAAAUAUCUUCUCCACAAUCCAACGAUCAGCCGUACAGUAUCAAUGGAAAUGGAGUGUCAAAGGCUAAUAUUACUGGCAGUAAUAACCAGAGUCAUCAGAAAAUGAAUGGUGAAGAUGAUGGGGGUGAGGGGUUUAAAAGAGAGAUGAGGGAUUUGGAGGAAAUGCUGUCAAAAUUGAACCCGAUGGCCCAGGAAUUUGUGCCGCCGUCACUUGGGUCGGCGUACCAUAGACUGGUGUUACCGCCCCCACAAGCCGCAGGGCACUAUGGGUAUAAUGCUAAUAUGUUUUUACUUCAGCAGCAUGUCAACUCUGGAGUUCCAAAUGGAAAUUCUACUAGGAGGAAGAACAAUGGCUAUGGUCAUGGGAAGCGGAGGAUAAAUAGUCGAACAAGUAUGGCACAGAGAGAAGAGGUUAUUAGGAGGACUGUGUAUGUAUCUGACAUUGAUCAUCAGGUUACUGAAGAGCAACUUGCUGCGCUCUUCACUGGGUGCGGACAGGUUGUUGAUUGUCGUGUCUGUGGUGACCCUAACUCUGUACUUCGAUUUGCCUUCAUUGAAUUUACUGACGAGGAAGGUGCAAGGAAUGCUUUGAGCUUGGCAGGAACUAUGCUUGGGUAUUAUCCAGUUAGAGUGCUGCCUUCAAAAACUGCGAUUGCUCCUGUUAACCCUACGUUCUUGCCACGGUCUGAAGAUGAAAGGGAGAUGUGUGCAAGAACUAUUUACUGUACAAACAUUGACAAAAAGGUUACUCAAGCUGAUGUCAAACUCUUUUUUGAAUCCAUUUGUGGAGAGGUUCUGCGAUUGAGGCUGCUUGGCGAUUAUAAUCAUUUAACCCGUAUAGCUUUUGUGGAGUUUGUAAGGGCUGAGAGUGCAAUUGCAGCUCUGAACUGCAGUGGUGUAGUCCUAGGAUCACUCCCUAUAAGGGUAAGCCCAUCAAAGACUCCAGUUCGACCUCGUGCACCUCGGCAAUCCAUGGAAUGAACUGUUAACGAAUUUUCUCUGAGCUGAUCUGCUGAUAUAUAUAAACCUAUAUAUCAAUAUAUACAUACAUAGUUACUGAUACUUUAGGUACUUUAUGGCAUUUAUGUUUUUGGGAUUUUUUAUGUUGCAUCUCGGCCGAGUCCAUGUCACUUGCGGAUGAUAUUUAUGGCUGUUUGUUUAACUUGUAGAGUUGUCCUGUUUUUGAGGCUUAAGUUGACUUAAUUUAUGUUCCAUAGGCAGUGCCUCAAAGUACUAAUAGAAUUAUUUUGCAAAUUUCUUUUAAUCCCUACUGGUGGAUGAUCAAUUAUUUUCUGCUAUUCAUUUGUGCAGUUUCAAACAUGAUAAAUGAUGUGGGAAGUAGAUAAAGAGAACAGUCUUCUUUAUAUGCAGAAUUACUUUAUUUUCAUUUAGGAUACUUUUGUGAUUUGAUCACGAUGAUAUAUUGUUGGAGAGGUGAUCUCUACUCUUUUCACACUGCCCAAGUUUCUAGUGAAAUCAAUUUUCGUCGUCUUGUACCUGUGAUGGUGGAGCUGUUAUUCUCUAUUGUUUAAAAGUAUUCUGUCGCUAGAUUUCUUGAUUUUGAGAUUUGUUGGGUCAAACUUGUGUCACUAACAUUUUGGCUGAAUUAAGAAGUUUCAUUCAAAUUUAUGC